AUGCCGAACCACGAUGGCCGCCGUCGUCGCAGCAACGAAUGGGAGCAGUGGAGGCAGGCAUCUGGCAGGCGACACGGAAAUGCAACGUGGCAAGACUUCCACGUCAAUUGCGGCCAGGCUUACACGCACCGCGUUGCAUGGGAAGAGGUUUACAACCGCGAGCCUGAAUUUCAGAAGAUGCCCAUGGCCCUGCCCGGACGCACAUAUGAGAUGCCACCGAUGCACUUCUUCCAUAUGCCGAUGCAGAAUGGGAUUGAGUGGGGAGGCUUCAUACCCCCGCCCGCGCCCGUCGUCGAUCAUGUGCAGCUCGUCCUGCAGAACAUUUUCCUGCUGCAAUGCAUGGGGCCUGUUCAGGCCGAACUAAUCCUCAAGAAAACAGCUGCCCUUCAGGGGCCGUAUACAGACUAA